AUGAGCUCAACGGGUUCCGACGGCACCUCACAACAACAAAAGCCGCGCGAUGUUCAAGAGACUGAUGUCCACGGGCUGAACGUGGCAGCAGACCCGUUUGAGUUGUUCGAGGAGACGCAUUCUGAGUCAGGUGCGUCCGAUGGUCCAGGAAGGGGAACCCGGAGCUCUAGCGCAAGCUCUGAGCGGCUAGAUAAACUUGAAGGACUCAUUAAAGGGAUGGCCAAACAACAGGCCAAGUUCAUGGCUGACGAAGCGGAGCUUCAAAAGCAGUUGCAGCACCGCACGGACACGCCAUCCUUCGAACACAAGUACGGACAGUCGAGCGCGUUUACGAAUUUCAUCAAGGCUCGAGCUCGGCGGAUGAGAGUAGGAUCUCUCGACGCGUCGAUGAGGACGCCGACGCAGGCGACGCCAGCUCCAGAGAUGCCGACGCCACCGACGGAGAACACAACAAGUAUGCAACAGCGGAUGGCCGCACCCAUGGCAGAGCAGUUUGUGCCGCCAUCGAACUUCGGACUCAAGGUGCCGAAGCCACGCGACCUGGACUGGCCGGGCUUCGCGAAGUUCGCGGGCAAGGAGGUGUAUCCUGGCCUUGGUGCGGAUUUCAAGACUUGGCGACUGCGGUUCCUGCAGCGACUGGCUGCAGCUCAGCAGAUGAGCGGUGGUGACUGGUCGGAGGAAUUCCGCAUCCUUGCCUUAAACGGCAAGAUGGAUGGGUCUGCACUGGUGUACUUCGAGAGGAUGCUUUCACUCUGGACAGCGGAGUCGCCCACACUGGAGCAUGUGAUGAACAUAAUGUUAGUGCCGUACAUGACGACGAUCACCGCAUCCAAGGGACUGCAGCUGAUGACGGCAGAGAAACUGCGCGAAAGGACGUGGUGUUUGUGUAAGUCCGCACCCGGCUACUUACAGAGUGCAAUGCUCACAAGGCUGAACUCACAGCGCAUGGACCACUUGCAGCAAGCUACGGAGUUAGUGGCUUUUGCGAUUGAGUACGAGGCAAGCAUGGCCAAGUACGAACGAUCUCGCGGCCAAGGCGGUCGCGGCAACAGAGAACAUGGUCGGUUCCAUGGCGGUAACCGAGGUGUCCACGGUGAACGAGGACUUGAAUCCGUCUCACGCGUGGGCAAUACUGACACUCGCAGGUGCUACAACUGCGACGACAUUGGACACAUUGCGAGAAAUUGUCUAGCGAAGAAAAAUAACGGUGCCAAAGAGAUCAAGGUCUCGCUAGCGGUCGGUACGGGCACAAACACCGACACACACGCGCUCUGUGGAGCUCAAGACGAUCGUGGAUGA